AUGAAGUGCCGAGGAAACCAAACACAAAAUCCUUGCCCUCAUGGAACUUACUUUCAGCUAGGGGAGACACCUCUCCAUCCUGUCGAGAGGAAAACCCAAGCUUGGCGUUUGCAGUCAAGAAGUUCAUCGGAACCGGAAACCACCCCCGCACCUCCGCCCGGGCGGACUGGAAGCAACCAUGACAUGGCGUCCGAGGUACUUGCAGAGAUGUGCUGUGGUCUCUCUGAGCUCAUCACAGUACCUUCCUAUGCGGGAGUUUCAAUUCAAGUGCAGGAGACCUGCAAAAGAAGCUGGCACCUUCUUCAUGGACGUGCCCACAUGCAGCAAGCUCAGAACUCAGAGACUCUGAAGGAGGAGAGUGGGAGGAAGCUGGAGGAACUGCAGGCCCAGGUGCUGCUCCACCUACCGAGAUGA